UGAGUUUACCAUAGGUGGACUCCAACCAAGGUGUAGAAACAUCUCAGAGAUGAUCCAGAGAAAUGGGAUAACCUGAGCUACAUUAAAGUGUCUAAUUACUUCUGUCAAUGUGAGAUUUCAGUUUUUUUUUUUUAAUACAUUUUGAAAAGAAAAAUUUAAAAUACCGUUUCAGUUACUCAUUAUGAUGUAUUGAGUGUGGACUGAUAGUUAUAGAUGUCUACUAAUUAAAUGCAAAAUUCAAGGGACUAGUUGUUGAGGUCUGCAGACGAAGUUUAGUUCUAAUAUGAACAGAGAAACCAUCUCAUGUUCUCAUCCAUGAAUCAGGCUUCCAGGUAACUUCAGAAUAAGGCGACUUCCUGUCUCGGUUUCCUGUCUGAAGGUCGUUCAGGAGGCUGAGUCUCUGUUUUCCAGAAACGUGACACCACACUAAUGUUGGGAUAAACUACAUGCACGCACGCACGCACGCACGCACGCACACACACACACACACACACAGAGGGUUGUACUUGUGAGGACUCGUCAUUGACAUAAUAUAUUCCCCAGGUUUAGUCAUCACAACUAAACAUGUGGUCUGACAGCAUUGAGACAAACCUACGAGACAUUAUCUUUGGGUGGAUUAAUUAAGGUGUAGCAGUGAUGUAGGAGUCAUCAUGGCUUGCUACACAACAAGCAAAUGUGUUUCACAGACAAGAGAGACAUCCCUGAACUCACCACAAACUCGAGAAUAAAAAGUACAAAAUAAAACAAACAGAUAAAUAGGCUUUUAUUUUUAGCUCAUAUCAUCAGGAAACAGCAGCUUAAUGUGGUUAAACCGCUGUCAAUCAUCUGUCAGAUAACAUUAACACACACACACACACACACACACACACACACACACAGUGUUGCUGGAGGGUUUAAAUAUCUGAGGAAACUCAGAACUGCUUAAGUUUCUUACAGCCAUUGAGACAGUGAGGACAGCUGUGAUGUGUGUGUUCAGGUGUGUGUGUUUGCUGUUGUGUGUGAGUGUGUGUGUGUGUCUGAACCUGUUGGAUGAAGCUGUUACGUUCAGUGGACCAACAGGAAGUCUGUUUGGAUUCUCUGUUGACUUUCACACCAUCAGCAACAAGCCCUUUGUUGUGAUUGGAGCUCCCAAAACCAACACCAGCCAAUCAGGGGUUAUGGAGGGAGGGGGUGUGUUCCUUUGCCCCAUAUCAUCUGGAGGCGGGACUUGUGACAUCAUCAACUUUGACCUAAAAGGUGAUGAGGACUACAGCAGCUCCGGUCUCUUCUUUCAUGCCUUUAAGAGUCAGCAGUGGUUUGGAGCUUCAGUUCGAUCAGUCAGCAGUUCACACUUACUGGCAUGUGCUCCGCUCUUUCACUGGAAUGCUCAGAUGGGAGGGGCAGAGUCAGGGAAAACGCCUGUAGGGAACUGCCUCCUAUUGGACCACAGGACAGGACGCUCCACCACUUUCUCCCCCUGCAGAGGAAUCAUGAUGGAGGCUGACUACAAGACCAUGAAAAACAGAAACGACCAGCGGUACUGUGAGGUCGGCUUCAGCACUGACAUCACAAAGGAGGGUCGGCUGGUGGUGGGGGCUCCAGGAAGCUUCUAUUUCCAGGGUCAGGUCUUCACAGUGAGUGUGAGUGACAUUAUCAACAGUGGAGAGAGCGACAAUCCCAUCCAGUACGUGGGAGGCAUCAGCCAAUCGGAUGAGAGAGGAGAUUAUGACCUUUACCGUGGUUACUCUGUGGCCAGUGGUCAGCUGACUGGAGACUCCUUACCAGAUUAUCUAGUUGGUGUUCCCAAUGACAGAAACACAGCAGGAACAGUGAAGAUCUAUGACGGCAGGAGCAGUGGAACACUGAGUGUUCACCACGUCUUCCAGGGAGCUCAGGUGGCGUCAUACUUUGGACACAGUGUGGCUGUGGCCGACAUCAACAGUGAUGGUUUAGAUGACGUGCUGAUUGGAGCUCCUCUCUACAUGGACAGGGUGAUGGAGCAGCUGCAGGAGAGAGGGCAGGUGGUUGUGUACCUGCAGAGAAGACACGCCACCUUUGCCUCCCAACCUGACCAAUCUCUGAUCGGCUUAUCCUUGUAUGGGAGGUUUGGCUCCACCCUUGCUAUACUGGGUGACCUGGACAUGGAUGGUUACCACGAUGUGGCUGUCGGUGCUCCCUGGUCAGGUGUGGGUGGGCGGGGCCAGGUAUUUAUCUACCUGGGCAACCGUAAUGGUCUGUCAGCCACACCCUCUCAGGUGAUUGACAGCCCGCUGCCUAGCAGCCGGACGGCAUUCGGCUUUACUCUCAGGGGAGGGGCUGACAUCGAUAAGAAUGGAUACCCAGACCUGCUGGUUGGAGCGUGGGCUGCAGACAGAGCUUUUGUCUACAGAUCCCAGACAGUGAUACGGUCCAGAGUUUCUCUCACUCUGCUUCCAGACUUCCUGAAUCCAGAUGUCAAACUGUGUCAUCAAGAGAACACACCUUUGUCCUGCUUUGUUAUUCAAAUGUGUGUCCACGUGUCUGGACACAGAAUCCCACAGGAGACAGCACUGUGGGUGGACCUACAGCUUGACAAGAUGAAACAGCCAAUGGCGCGACGGACCCUGCUGCUGUCAACCAAUCAGCCACAGGAGAUGAUGAAGCUGAUGGUUCAGAGGGAAGUGGGCGUGGCCUGUGUGAAUCAGACUGCCUACCUGAGGCAGUCUGAAGAGGAGGUUCGUGAUAAAUUGAGUCCAAUCUUCAUCACCGCCAACAUCAGCCUCCUCAACACUACCCAGCAUGCAUUGCUUUAUGGACAGACACAUGCUGCUGCACAGACCAGGAUCAUUCUGGACUGUGGAGAUGACAACAUUUGUGUUCCUGACCUGAAGCUGAGGGCUGAGCCGGUGUCAGACAGUGUGUUGGUUGGUGGGGAUCAGUUGGUGGUGAUUUCAGUGUCGGCAGAAAAUGACGGUGAGGGAGCAUAUGAGACCGAGCUGGUGGUCCGAGUCCCGGAACACACACACUUCCAGAGCAGCCAGGGUGUGGACAGACUGGUGUGUGUUCAAAGGAAGGAGAAUCAGACCAUCAUUGUGACCUGUGACCUCGGGAACCCGAUGAGACAAGGACACACACUGCAGACAGAUCUUUUGUUCAGUGUUGGUCGUCUGGAGGAGGUACAACACAUCACCUUCAGCCUCAGAAUCAGGAGUAAGAACUUGGUGAACUCCAGCAGUGAGCAGGUCCAGGUCCAGGUCCAGGUGAGGUCUGAGGCGAUGCUGGAGAUCAGAGGAGGCUCCUCCCCUCCAGAGGUUGUCCUGCCCCUCCCUGACUGGCAGCCUGCAAUGCAUCCUGGAAGUUUAGAAGAAGUGGGUCCACUGGUGGAGCAUGUUUAUGAGUUGAGGAACCAAGGCCCGAGUGCGGUGAACGCCCGGCUGACGGUGGACUUCCCCUCCACCUGGCAACAUCGCCUGCUGCUCUACAUCUUCUCCAACGCCUCAGAGGAAUCACUGAGCUGCUGGACCCUGAAUGCAUCACAGAUAGACCCCUUCAAGCUGGGUGGUAACAGGUCCAGUGUGUCUGCAGUGUCUCCCUUGGUCCAGGAGGAGGAGACAAACAGACAAACUGUCAAUGUGAACUGCAGCAGCAGUGAGACGGGGUGUGUUAGGUUUGUGUGUGAUGUCACAGUGUUGGGGCGGGGCCUCAGCGCUGUUGUCAGAAUCUCAGCCCGACUGUGGACACACACUCUCAAACAGACUCCAUACCUGAACUAUGAGCUAGUUUCCUCCGCUUCCUAUGAUGUCAUCAACACAUUAUCAAUGGUACAGCCAACGCUACUUCCGAGUGGACACACACAGACUCAGGUCAGUGUGAUAUGGCGGCGUCCUGAUGGAGAGAAAGAAGUUCCUAUUGGUUAUAUCAUCCUGUCAAUCAUUUCUGGACUCCUCCUCCUGGGCCUGCUCUGUUUCAUCUUCUGGAAGCUGGGUUUCUUUCAGCGGACUCGCCCCCCCACUGAUGAUGGUGAGGAUAAUGAUGAAGAGCAGCAGCAGCUGGCUGAGCAGGGUCACAUGACUGGAUAACACUCGCACACACUCUCUCACACACACACACACACACACACACGCUGUCACGUGUGUUGGACAUGAACACAUGAUGACUGCAUGAUGACAGAGGAGCGUUUUUUUUCUGGUGAAGGUCACGACCUCUGGAACUAAAGCCAAUCACUUCUCAUGUUAUUGAUCGAGUCUGAUCGGAUUUCCUGUUAUUGACACUGAUCAGGGUUUCUGUCAGGAUCCUGGAUCAAUAACAGAUCAGCUUCCAUGCAUGAAGACCUGGUCCCAGAUGGUUUUAGCAGAGGGCUCAGUCAAACACCUGAGCAGGUCAAAACAUCUGAGACUAAGGGGCCCCGCUCACAAGUUUUACAUUUACCUUUAAAUUAAUUAAAUUUUCUUAGUGAAAUAUUAUGAAUAUUAUUAUAACAUAUUAACACGUGUCUCUGCUUCAUUUUUAUUUUCAUUUGUUUUUAAGAUUCAUUUAUUUUGUAUUGAAUUCUUCUGUUGAACCCCCACAAUACCACCUGUAAAGGACAAGUGAUAUCUUUAUGUAUUUUUUACAUUUUUGUUUAUAAAAUAUAUAUAUAUCUUCA